CAACUUCCGCAUUGUGCCUCACUUUGCGACCAGCCGUAAAGCAGAACUUUGUUGGGAGUCGAGCUCGAUGGCUUUUUCUCUCCGAUAAGUAUCACUUCCCAUAUCAUCGUUGAUUUCUUGAAGGGUAACAUGUCCUCUGGAAUGACUGGGCAAACACCAUGCCUGACCAGUCGGUGGGACCAGGCGGCUCAGCCCAAUGCCAGAGUACCUGCACAUCCACCAAGCAGCAGUAGAAGUAUACCAAGUCAUGGCUCCUUAUCAGGGGUUCACAGCAGCACUGUGUCCCAGUCUCUCCAGAAAAAAGACAGUGGUGUGGCGGAUGGGUCAGAAAAGGUGCCAUCCCAAGGAGGAGUAGAAGUGGCUGCAGCCAUGGCAGCUAAAUUAAAUGCUAUGUUGAUGGCUAAAGGAAAACUUUUAACUCCUCAACCAUUACUCACGAAGGCUUCUCCACGUGCGCCUACAUUGCCAAUCCCAGAUGAGAUCGCUGUCGCUGAAGUAGACAUUAAUGACGUACCAAUAAACUGCAGAGAUCUUCUUACAAAAGGCAAAACACAAGAGGAAAUACGACUGUUAAGUGGUGCAGUGGUCUCAACUAAAGGGCAUUACAUGACAGAUGUUGAAAAGCAACAGUCAGCUGGCCAAAAACCUUUGUAUUUACAUGUGCAGGGGAAGACCCAAGAGCAAGUAAACAGAGCUGUGGGUAGAAUAAAGGAAGUCAUCUCGGAGGAAGUGACAAAGGCAUCAGCUGCUUUAGGGCAACAGAUGCCUGUAAUUCCGCCAAUAACAAUCUACCCCCAGGCACCUCGGCCCAUGAACCCUGCCGGUGUGCCAAACGCCAACCAAACAGUAAUUCAGGGACACCGACCUGCGGCACCACAUGUAGGGAGCUUUGUGCACACCAAGGUUUUUGUGGGUCUGGACCACGCCUUGCCUACAUUCAACAUUAAAGAGAAAAUUGAGGGUCCUGCUGGCAGAUAUCUGGGUCACAUUCAGAGUGAGACUGGUGCUAGAGUUUUUCUCCGGGGAAAAGGUUCUGGCUACAUUGAGCAAGCAUCCAAAAGAGAGUCGUUUGAACCGCUUUAUAUUUACAUCAGCCACCCGAAUGCAGCUGGAUUGGAGGAGGCUAAGACACUCACAGAGAGUCUACUGGCAACUGUGAAAUCGGAAUAUGCCAAGAUGUCAACAUACACUUCACCUAGCUCAACACAAACAUAUGCAGCAGCACAUGGAUAUCCACCUAAUAGCAAUUACUCUUGCCAGGGGUCGUGGUACAGCUACCCAGCAAAUGGUUAUUCCGAUGGCUACUCGGCGUAUCCAGGAGCCAGUGGUUAUUGGGGUAAUGCUACUACUCCCCCGAGUCAAUCUGACACGCCGACAAAUCCUCCACCUGCUCAGGCAAUGGUUCAGUACCCAAUGUGUCCAAAGAAUGCCCAAUCCUAUCUGGACCAGAAUCAAGGCAGUAAUGGUGUGGCAAAACGUCAAGAAACCCCUGACUCCGCUACAGGAGUAGAACACUCGAAGACAAAGGUGCAGGAGGAGUUGAAGCAACAGCAGCCCCCUGCCAGCUGCCCAGAAGAGCCUCGACGACCUCAGUCUGCUGGUCGAGUUGAGAAAGUAGUGGAAAGGAUUCUCAUGCCCCCACCCCCACCAGUGUUUGCUGUGUCCCGCAAAAGGCCAAAGGAAGUCGUGAAAGAAACCCGGGUCAGUCCACCACAGGGUGCUUCUGAGAUUUUCAAGAAGCCCAAAGUGCUGGAUGACUCAUCUGGGCUGGUGCCCUAUGGAGAAGACUCCUCCGAUGAAGAGGAGGAGAAAACUUGCAGCAGUAAGACCAGUUGUUCUUAACCAUUCCCCCUUCCCCAGUUACAACUCUGCAUCUCCACAGCCACUUUGCUUCAUUGCGGUUAAUGCCCACACAACACUAGUUUUUUGGGGUGGUUAUGUAGAGAACCACUGACAUAAGUAGGCAUCUAUUUAACAGUAAACUGGGUGGGGAAGCUACGCGAAAUGUAUUAGUGGCCUGAUUCUUAAGGUAUUUUUGGAGGAGAAUGUUUUCAAAUACAUCUGUUUAGAGACGACCUUCCCUUUCCCCCCAACUAUCAUCUGGACUUUUUUCAGUGUCACACAUGAACUUUGUUUGCCAGUGUUUUUAAACAUUGACUCAGAGUUUUUGCCUUCUUCAAAAUGUGUGAAUGCAGUUUUAAUUUGUAACAUUUCAAAUUGUUUUUUCUGUCCAAGUCCCAACACCAUAGCUGUUUUGUUUCAUAUUGUAAAAAAUAAUGAAACCUUUUUUGGUAAAAAGGUGUUUGCCUGUUCCCAUGGAAUAUAAUAAAAGAGACUGGACAUCCAUUUUGCCUUUGGUAUUUAGAUUCUCCACUUUACAAACAGUCCACAUUUAAGUGUAAUUUCAGAUGAAUGCAUAAGUAGGAGCCUCAAUGCUGUUGUGCACUGUCAGAGCACCUGGGUUGUCCAGUGCAAAGCAGGGGUUCACAUAGUCCCUGAAGUUGCAGUAGAAGGUGUGCAGGUGCUGCUGCAGAUCCACGUUGAAAAAGGACAGCGUCCCUCUCACAUAGUCCAGAGCCACUCCAAUACGCACCGGGUUCACUGUGAUUCUCAGGUCGGGGCUCCAGCCACUGUGCAGGAACUCGUACCUGUGCCUUCACAAGAGCAUACAAGCCUAGUAAACUCAAGCUUUGAAGGCUGGAUACUAGUAUGUAUCCAAAAAGUAGAUUACCUGAAUGGUGUGAUGAUGUGUCUCAUACACCAGGAGGAGUUGUUGGCUCCUAGGUAAGCGUUCCUUUCUGUAUCUUCAUAUGCAACACCAAUCCUGAACUCCGUGUCGUCGUCGACCUCCACCUCCCAGUAAUGUCGGCCUCUCACUGGGAUCAAGUCUCCCAGGAUGGCAACAGACCUACGCACGAGUAUGUCAGCGAAACGUGUUGAGUGUGACAUGAACAGAAGCGCAGCUCGCUUACCUGGUGAAGGUGUUGCUGUCCAAAGCCAUGGCACUUAUGGGCAGCUCUUCAUCUCCACUGAAGAUGGUGAACCCGUCCUCAGAGAUGGCCAGACAAGGAUGGGCCGUCUCCUCCAGCAGAUGGAAGAAUGUGCCUGGGUAUUGCAACCAAAAUCUACAUGUUACAAAUGUUCUCAAAGCAAUAAAUGUUAAUAAAAUGCCAUUGUCAAUAAACUAAGGUGAAAGUAGUUUGAGUGGUCUUUUGUGUUCCAGCAACCCCUCAGCUCAGAAUGUGUUGGACUUGUGACUGA